UACAUUCUACGCGGUCACACCGGCAGAUAUUGUUCCCGUCACAAAAUCUCCGGCAACUCAUCACAUACAUUGUGCAUCUCACGCAUUAUUAUGAUAAUUUCGUCAUCGCCAAAUAGUGUUGUACCGCGUGGCCAACUAUAAUACAUGCAAAGCAAAUGAGAUUCUAUUUUGUGCGAACACGACAUCUCCGGAUAUGAGUUUGUCUUGAAAAUGAAAAAUUUCCACAGGCAAUCUGAGAGCCUUGUGCCAAUUAUUGGUAUAGGUGUAGCUGCAGCUGUUGCUUUGUUGUAUAUUCUAUGGAGCCCAGGGCCAAGCAGUUCCAAGAGAUCCGGAAAAAGAAGAAAAGUUGCUGGUCUAGAGAACCUUGGUAACACCUGCUACCUGAACACCGUCCUACAGAGCUUAGCAGCAUGUCCUGCGUUUCUUGCCUGGCUCAAUAGAGCCCUAAGGAGAGGGUGUUUCAAGGGGAGAGGCAAUGAGCUGGCUUACAGACUCUCUCGCACAUUGGAAGGUGUAAAUGAUUACUCCUCUGCAACGAUCUACUCACCCCAUGAGGUUCUUUAUUCUCUCUAUAAUCGAAACUGGAGAUCAGGACAAGAGCAACAGGAUGCUCAUGAGUUAUUUCAGUUUCUGUUGAGUGAGUUAAGUGAAGAUAGAGAGCAACCUCCCUCUCCUCUGCCCCUCAGUGAAGCUCCAAAGCUUGUGAAGCAUGUCUCGAAUGGCAGAGUGAAUCACUCGGGGUUGCGGUCUAGUAUCAAAGCUAACUUACCACGUGUGACCAUCAGAGAUGUGGACUCACCUUUCAGAGGUCUCCUAGCUCAUCACCUAUCAUGCACAAUAUGUGGAUACAAGAAUCCUGUGACCUACACCAGCUUUGACUGUCUCUCCCUACCGAUCCCUACCCUGUCUCUCCUCAGCACCCUCUCGCUGAAAUGUAUCCUAGACGGAUUCACCCACAUCGAGCUUGUCCAUGGCGUGGAGUGUGUAGAAUGCAGUAAGAUGGAGGAGGGGGGAGGAGGGGUGAGGACGGGGCAAGGAGAUGGGGACAGGCAGACGAGUGCAGGGACCAGUCCACAGACGAGCCCCCAAGCCAGUUCUAAGAGCGAAAAGUGCAAAAGAGUCUUCCAAAAACAGAUGACUAUUAGUAAGCUACCCCAGUGUCUUUGCAUUCACAUCCAGCGUGUCGGCUGGCAACCCGACGGUCUUCCUUUCAGGAGAGAGGAGCACAUCAUGUUCCCCGAGGUCCUCGACAUGAGCAGAUACCGGCUGGCAUCAGUCAACGCAACCUGCAAAAGUGGGAGUAUAGGGAUCACCAAGUCACUGCGCUUGGUUCAACAGACGACACUCGCAAAUGGUCAUAAAACGGUGACAGGCAGAAAAUCCAGUGCAUCAUCAAAUCACUCCUUCAUCGGAGACCGGUUUCUGUCUCCGUCUCGUCCUGCAUCAUUACGCUUGGUAGGAGGAGGAUGGAUACCAGCAGAGGAAGAGCAGGAAGAAGAAGAGAGGGAGGAGGAGGAGGAGGAAGAGGAGAGAAGAAUGAGCGCAGAGAAUACAACUCUUGAAGACGAUAAAGAGGGCUACCUAGAUGCAAACAGUCACAGCUCCAAACCCAUAGAAUCCAAAUACAAGCUGGCUUCAGCGGUGGUUCACGUCGGCAAUGCUUUCUCUGGACAUUUUAUGACAUAUCGCAGGGGGCCCAGCAAACCGAACGAACCUCUGAAUACACACUGGCUGUGUGUGUCAGAUGAGACUGUGUACACUGCUCAGAUAUCUGAUGUACUCUCGCAGAAGGCAUACAUGCUUUAUUAUCAGAGGGAGUGAGGUCAGACCCCUGUGGUCCUGUGGUCUGUUGUGCAAGGACAUGAAUUCAAGUCUCAUGCUGAAGCCUUCAGGACAUCACAUCUUUUGACCAAGUUACCAGGAUUAUAUGCCUUGGUAGAGGUCCAUCUGCAUCGCAAUCAAAUGAAUAUCAAAUUCGAAUUGUUGGGAGAGUACUGUAUGGAGAAUGUAUGGCAAAGCUACAUGAAUCCUUCCUUGCAGGUCAUGGAUUCAAGCCCCAUGCUAGAGCUUUGUAGAAUGUCAUGUCUUCGGACCUGUUUAUCUGGGUUGGAUGUCUUUGUGGAUCAGCCCACUUUCUCAAGCUUGUGGAAACCGCGCUCUAAAUUUAUGAAGACUGUAUGGUAAAAGCUGAUCAUCAGUAUAUUUCUACUGGACUAAUUUGAUUGGCCAGAGUGAGGAGACGGAAGCUAUUGAAAAGUUGCAAUAUUAUUACUGACGUUAUGUUUUGAGUGUACUACACUUGUAAGCUGUAGUAAAAGUUAUUGAUUUGCAGAGGUAAUUGUUUGAAAUAAUGUGUACAUGAGCUGAUGAGUUUUAAAAUAUUUUAAGCUGGAAUAUUCUUGAUGCACUGUAUGGAGACAAUCUAGACCAAUCAGCGGUACUUAUUAAACCUGUAGGUCAUGAUCGUCAUGGGGCAAUUUGGAUUUUUAAGGGGUUAAACUAUAAAUUCUAUGCACAUGUAUAAUAUACAACUUCAUCACAGGAGGUAAUAGCAAUGACCAAAAUUUGCAUAUCAGAUUGGGUCCUUACCUACUAGGUCCAAGAAGGUUAAAUACUACAGUUCUGGCUAAGGUUUGAGUAUUGGGUUGUAAAAACAUGUUUCUUGAUCAUUUUGCCAUCUGUUCAUAUCUCAUCUACAUUCUGCAUGAUUUUGAGGUGUAUUAGCCAAUAAUGAAUUUCUUAUUCGUUCAUUAUCAGCUCCAACUACUCACCGAUAGUUGCUGUUUUUUUGUACUCACUGAUAAGCCUUUGAAUGCCGGUGUUUCUGUGAGAAAGAUUUGUGACUUGUGUGUUUCAAGAAAAAGCACAGUAUUGAAUGGGUUAACAAUGGUUUGGAUGGGAAAUGUAUUAUAACUGCAUGUAGAAGUGUUCUUUGAGAAUGAGAUGGAUUUCUGUAACUUUCAUUAUCAUAGGUAUAUCAUGUAUAAACUCAGAUUAUCUUUUUUGCAUUCUCAGGAGUGUUUUAUAUGAUUGGACAUUAAACCAUGACAGUAUAACAGUAAGUUGCUACCAAGGCCUAUUAAAAGCAAAUGACGUGUCAAGUUCUGGCAAUCCUUGCACUUGGAGCUCUGUGAUAUAUUACAUAUAUAAAAACUCACUUUAUUUGUGUCUUUGAAACAAAAUCUAUUCCAAUUUCAACAUUUUGUUAUUUCUAAACAAAAUGAAUUUUAAUACAAUCGGUCAUUUAGGUUUAUAUAACUUGACAUUUGUUAAUACUUUUGUAAACAAAGUUGUUUCAAAAGUGAUAUUGCAAUGUUUUCUAGUGUUUUUCCAUCUCAUAACUAAAGUAAAUGCUCUGCCUUUGGAAAAUGGCACAACAGUGACACAAUACAAUUCUCGCUAUCGCCAAUAUAUUAAAAAACAUCCAUAUGCUACCGUCAGGCCCCAUAUCAAAUGUACUCCGGGAUAGUUUGGUGACACAUUCAUUUCCGAUCAAUUUACCAUGUUUGCGCUGUUUAUGCCGGCUUUGAUUGUGUGUAUGUGUACUUUCUUUUCCGACCGUAAUCGCAGCGAGUGGAUCAUUACAAAAAAUGUAUUGUUACAUAUACUAACAAUAAUAUAUUUGGAUCUGUGAUGGUCAAGAGCAAGGAGAAGCAUAGAAAAUAAUAACGUUCGUUGGCAAGUGCAAAAACUUAAAUUUAAGAGAAGGGCUUUCAUUGUUUAAUUCAAUAUGGUUGUCGAUAUGAUUUGGAGUAUCUUUCUACCAUCACAAAACUGCGAAACCUGGUAAUAGCUUUCAGACAAGCAAGUACAUGUUUGUACUAUGCUUAUGCAUAAUACGUGCUCGCCACUGUACACCGGAAGUAUGCAAGUCCAGGGAGCGACUUGAAAUUACUUUCAAGAGGUUUCAUCCGGGCAUUUGGGAGUAUUGGCGAUAGCAAUUGGUCCGUUUAAAUAUGCAUUGUACCACGAAGUGGGUUUAUUAGCUGAAGGUCUUUUGUCAAUAUGUUGUGGUUAGUUUGAUACAAUCUGCAACUUGCGUUGCUUAUGUUUAAUAGAUAAAGCACUCAAAUUAUCUACUCAUAUUUGAUUUACAGAUUAUAUAAAAUAAAUUUAAGUUUCUUUUCUA